CUUCGCCUCGCUAUAAAAUCCAUGCACCGAGUGCUACUUGGUCACCACCUGGCUUGCUCUUGGCUGCUGCGUUGGCGUUGGCACAUCAAGAGGCUGGCUGCGGUCCCUCGGUGAAACCAGGGCUCAUGAGCAACGUUGUUCCGAUGGCCUCCCGGACGCUCGUCUUGUGGCAGCGGUUCACGCUGCUGCUGCUGCUGCUUCCGCAUCUCUUCCUCAACCCCGCCAGCGCGAGGCAGUGCUUCUGGCCGAGCCCGGCGCCCGAGGACGCCUCCUGCCUGAGCUGGCGCGUCAUGGUGGAGGCGAACAACGCCAGGGGUUGGCUCACGGUUCCCGAGCAGUGCGUCGGGUACGUCAGGGGCUACAUGACGCGGGGCCAGUACGGGCGGGACCUUGCCGGCGUCAUGGAGCAGGCGUCCGCCUACGUCGACCAGGUCGACGCCGACGCCGACGGCCUCGACGCCUGGGUCCUCGACAUCGACGACACCUGCCUCUCCAACCUGUUCUACUACGAGGCCAAGCAAUUCGGGGCGUACGAUCCUUUGGCCUUCAAGUCGUGGGCGAGCAAGGAGGCUUGCCCGGGGAUCCCUCCGGUUCGUGAGCUCUUCGCGACGCUGCUGGACAAGGGGUUCAAGGUUUUCCUUCUCUCCGGCAGGGACGAGGAGACCCUGGGCUCAUGCACGGCCGAGAAUCUGGAGGCAGAGGGAUUCUCGGGAUACGAGAGGCUCGUCAUGAGAACCCCGGAGUACCGAGGGCAGGGCUCGUCGCUGUUCAAGUCGGCGAUGAGGAAGCAGCUCGUGGAGGAAGGCUACAGGAUCCGCGGCAACGUCGGGGACCAGUGGAGCGACCUGCAGGGCGAUUGCAUCGGCGACCGCGUGUUUAAGAUACCGAACCCCAUGUACUUCGUCCCGUGAAGCAAAUUGGCCAGUCAUGGCCUGCCUGAGUAAUUCAUCAAGCAUACAAACGACGCAGUGAAAGCGUGUUGUAAACGAAUGGCCAAUGUGGAAGAAGCACAGGCCGUAAAAACAUAGUAUAAUCGAAGAACCUUUCUCUUUUA